AUGGCCUCACCCCUCCCAUACAACCGACAAAACGCACUUGCAUCGAGCAUCGCGGCCGACAACGCCUCCAGCAUAGCCGCCAAGAUAGUGCUCACAACGGGCGUAACCCAAGGCGGACUGGGCGCCACAUUUGUCGAGGAAAUCGCAAAGCAUGGUCCCCAACUGAUUAUCCUUGCCGGGCGGUCCCCCGCAAAAGUACAAGCCACAGCCGACAAGAUCAAAGCGGAUCCCGCGAGCGCAAACGUGCAGGUGCGCGUGCUGACGCUCGAUCUCGCGUCGCAGAAGCAGAUCCGCGAGGCGGCCAAAGAGGUCCUGGAGUACCGGGAGGACCGCAUCGAUGUGCUUGUCAAUUCGGCGGGGACAAUGGGCGGGGAAUACCGGACGACGCCCGAGGGGAUCGAGCACCACUUUGGCGCCAACCACGUUGGUCAUUUCCUGUUUACCAAUCUCAUCAUGCCCAAGCUGCUUGCGGCGCCGGCACCGCGAAUUGUCAAUGUGUCGAGCGAUGGGCAUCGCAUGAGCGGGGUACGUUUUGAAGAUCCGAAUUCCCAGGAUGGCCGCGUGUACGAUAAAUGGGAGGCGUACGGGCAGAGCAAGACGGCGAACAUCUUGUUUACGAAUGCGCUGGUUGACAAGCUGGGGCACAGGGGGUUGAGGGCGUAUGCUUUGCAUCCGGGUCAAACCCUCGGCACGUCGCUUGCAGUGAGCUUUACCGACGAGGAUAUGGCGGCAAGUGUAGAAGUCAAGGACAAGGAGAUUGGGUGGACGCGUGAGUUUGAUAUCAAGUCGCUCGACGAAUGUGCUGCUACGCACGUUGUAGCGGCUUUUGAUCCGAGGCUGGAUGACCACAACGGUGCUUAUCUGCACGAUGGAAAUAUAGCGCCAGAGGAGGUGCGGCCAACGGCGAAGCAGCCAGGCGACGGUGAGAAGCUGUGGAAGCUGAGCGAGAAGCUCGUUGGACAAGAGUUCGCCUACUGA